UGCGCAGGCUGCUCUCGAACUCCUGAGCUCAAGUGAUCUACACGCCUUGGCCUCCCAAAGUGCUGGGAUCACAGGCGUGAGCCACCAUAACCAGCCAGAAGAGAGGGUUUUGCACGAUCUAAAGGCAGGGGAGAUGUUGAAUAGUCGGAAGAGCAAAGUCCCUAGAGAGGGCUUGAAACACCAACCUUGGCAAUACCCGGAGGCUGGGGGAGCUCCCGCCGUGCCCAUGACUGCACAUGGGUUAUAACAUUGCAGACACCACCUCCUGUCCCAUCUUGCCACCGAGUGGUCAGAAAGUGAGGAGAGUGGGCUCAGAGGUUGGGAGUGUGGUCAGUGUCACUCACUCGGGGAGCCCCCGUGGGGUCACGCCUUGAGCCCAGGUCAGCCAAGCUCCCUACACAUGGUCUCCUCCCCAGUUCUGGUCCCAAAGGUGGGUGGGGACAGCACACUCCUGCCCCUGCCCCUGCCACAGCCAGGCCCCCUUCCCUGUGGCUUGCAGUCUCCCCUCUGCAGAGAACCAUGUCGGGGCCUCCCUCUCUCCAUCUGCAGCCAGGUGGGAGCCUCCCUGCUGGCACUGCUGUUUGGAGACUUAUACCUCUAGCUGCUCAACCUGCUUCAUCUGUGUAUCUGGGGCUGGUCCUACUGAGGACUGCUGUGCCCAGCAUCAGGCCUACAGGCUCCUGGCUGGCUUGCGGGGUUAGGUAGGGGAGGUCAGGGCAGUCCCAACCUCCCAGUGCCUCCCAGGCCAGUCCAUGCCUAGGACCUGGCCACACCUGCCAUGCCCUUGGAAGAUUCCUCUCUAAGUUCCACUCCCACUCCAGUAAGGGCCACCUGAGACUCACAUGCGAGAGCCUCCCCCAGGGCCCUGUCCCGCAUCUCUGUGCCUUCUCCCUACCAAGAGUUCCUCCAGCCAGCAGGACGAGCUGGGGGGCAACAGGGAUUGAUGUCUAAGGACUCGGCACUGGAGCUGACUUCCUGCCUGCCCUCAUGUGGGGGCAUAAUCAUGUCACUCAGGGACCCCACACCUACCCUUCCCAGGCUGCCAAGUCACUGGCUCUGAGCCCCCGGGGGGUCCUAAUGGUACCGGGAGAGAGGUGGCCACCGUCAGGGGCACUAGCAUACUGGAUAAAUGGUUGGGCUUGGAGCUCAGGGACAGGGUUUCAUGGGUUCAGCUGCGGCCCCACCCCCACCCCAGGAAAUGCCACCCCCGCAGGUCAAGACCUGGGCCUGGGCUCAUCACCUUCCCUGGAGGCCGUGGUGCUGGUAGUGGUGGUGGCGGCAGGUGUGUUCCCAUCUCCACCCAUCGGAGAAGAAGCAAGUUCCAGGAGCCUGGACUAUGACUCAGGCCUUCCUUUUGCCCUGCUCACUUUCUGUGUCAGAUGGGGAGACAGUCAUGAGGAGUACCCUACAGCUGGUACCAUGCAAGAGAGACAGUCAGGAGGAGACUGUGGGAGCUCAGAGGAGACACUUGUGCUGGCCUGGGUUGGGGAGAAAGGAGAGGUGUCAGGGAAGGCUUCCUGGAAGAAGUGGCUUCUGGAUUAAUUAUUGAAGGCCGCAGGUGGCUGCAAUGGGACGGAAGCCAUGAAUGGUGCUGCCCCCGGCCCCGCCGCAGCCGCCCCGGUCCCGGUCCCGGUCCCGGACUGGCGGCAGUUCUGCGAGCUGCACGCGCAGGCGGCCGCCGUGGACUUUGCGCACAAGUUCUGCCGCUUCCUGCGGGACAACCCAGCCUACGACACUCCCGACGCUGGCGCCUCCUUCUCCCGCCACUUCGCCGCCAACUUCCUGGACGUCUUCGGGGAGGAGGUGCGCCGCGUGCUGGUGGCCGGACCGACGACUCGGGGCGCGGCCGUGCGCGCUGAGGCCAUGGAGCCGGAGCCCGCGGACACCUCUGCACUCAAGGCAGCGCCUUACGGCCACUCGCGGAGCUCGGAGGACGUGUCCACGCAUGCUGCCACGAAGGCCCGCGUCCGCAAGGGCUUCUCGCUGCGCAACAUGAGCCUGUGCGUGGUGGACGGCGUGCGCGACAUGUGGCACCGGCGCUCCUCGCCCGAGCCCGACGCAGGAGCUUCCCCGCGCGUCGCCGAGCCCUCGGCUGAGGCCCGUGACAAGUGGACGCGGCGCCUGAGGCUGUCGCGGACCCUGGCGGCCAAGGUGGAGCUGGUGGACAUUCAGCGCGAGGGGGCCCUGCGCUUCAUGGUGGCCGACGACGCGGCCGCAGGCUCCGGGGGCUCGGCGCAGUGGCAGAAGUGCCGCCUGCUCCUGCGCAGGGCUGUGGCCGAGGAACGCUUCCGCCUGGAGUUCUUCGUGCCGCCCAAGGCCUCCAGGCCCAAGGUCAGCAUCCCACUGUCAGCCAUCAUUGAGGUCCGCACCACCAUGCCCCUGGAAAUGCCAGAGAAGGACAACACGUUCGUGCUGAAGGUGGAGAAUGGAGCUGAGUACAUCCUGGAGACCAUCGACUCUCUGCAGAAGCACUCGUGGGUAGCUGACAUCCAGGGCUGUGUGGACCCCGGUGACAGUGAGGAAGACACGGAGCUCUCCUGUACCCGAGGAGGCUGUCUGGCCAGCCGCGUGGCCUCCUGCAGCUGUGAGCUCCUGACUGAUGCAGUUGACCUACCCCGGCCCCCAGAGACGACAGCCAUGGGUGCAGUGGUGACAGCCCCCCACAGCCGAGGUCGAGAUGCCGUCAGAGAGUCCCUGAUCCACGUCCCACUAGAGACCUUUCUGCAGACCCUGGAAUCCCCGGGCGGCAGCGGCAGUGACAGCAAUAACACAGGGGAAGAGGGUGCAGAGACGGAUCCCGAGGCUGAGCUGGAACUGUCCGACUACCCCUGGUUCCACGGGACACUGUCCCGGGUCAAGGCUGCUCAACUGGUUCUGGCAGGAGGGCCACGGAACCAUGGCCUCUUCGUGAUCCGCCAAAGUGAGACUCGGCCUGGGGAGUACGUGCUGACUUUCAACUUCCAGGGCAAGGCCAAGCACCUGCGCCUGUCCCUGAACGGCCACGGCCAGUGUCACGUACAGCACCUGUGGUUCCAGUCUGUGCUUGACAUGCUCCGCCACUUCCACACACACCCCAUCCCACUGGAGUCAGGGGGCUCGGCCGAUAUCACCCUUCGCAGCUAUGUGCGGGCCCAGGGCCCCCCGCCAGAGCCGGGCCCCGCGCCCCCUGCCGCGCCAGCGCCCCCAGCCUGCUGGAGCGACCCGCCCGGCCAGCACUACUUCUCCAGCCUCGCCGCGGCUGCCUGCCCGCCCGCCUCGCCCUCCGACGCCGCCGGCGCCUCCUCGUCGUCCGCCUCCUCGUCCUCGGCCGCGUCGGGGCCAGCCCCCACGCGCCCAGUCGAGGGCCCACUCAGCGUGCGGAGCCGCAGCAACAGCGCCGAGCGCCUGCUGGAGGCGGUGGCCGCCGCCGCCGCUGCCGAGGAGCCCCCGGAGGCCGCGCCCGGCCGCGCGCGCGCCGUGGAGAACCAGUACUCCUUCUACUAGCCCGCGGCGCCGCCCGGGUGGGACACGCCAAGCUCUUCAGUGAAGACACGAUGUUAUUAAAAGCCUGUUUUAGGGACUGCACCCGGCUCUCCUGU